GACGAAAACAGAAGAAAACAAAUAAUACUAGAAUAAAAUAAAAGGAGUUAACUUUCCCAGUCAACAAACACCAACGAGAAAGUUUGAAUUCUGGGUCUGUAAGGACAUGCUGCAUACCCAUCAAUCAUGAGGAAGGCUUUUCUUAGUUUAUUCUAUAAUCUUUUUCAUCUCGGCUUUCUCCUCUCUCUCUUCUCUAUACCUCUGUUUUUUUAACUUGCAAGUGCUUUUAUUUCCAAUUUUUUGAUUGUCAGCAUUAGCUUAUUUAAUAGCAUUCGCUGAUUAUGGUAGCCUUUAAUUCAGGGAAGCUGGUGGAUAAGGGAAUGUGGUGAAUAAAUCGUCUUUAAUAAAAGGGUUUCUUUUCUUUUUUUUUUUUCUUUUAAAUUUCAUUUUAGAAAAUUGGUUGCUGAUCUGUGCUUAGGGAGACUUGAAAUUUUUGGGUUUCCCAAUUCUAGUCAAAAAGUAGGGAUUUUGGAUAUUGGGUUUUUUGUGAAGAGGGAGUGAGGGAGAAGGCAUAAAGUUGGACAAGGGUUUCUGUUUUGCUUUGAGUGAGACUGUAGAAAUCAGGGAGUUCACCUUGAUGUGUGGGUCGAGAAGUGAGUUCGCUUUUGACUUUGUGGAUGAGAAGGAGAGUUUUGGCCGCUUAUUUGCUUGCUGUUCUUGGAAGUACAGAUUAAAUUAGCUCUUUGGUUGGGUUAAAAUCAUUAGUUAUUUACUUCCAUUUCUCUCCAAGUGGGUUUUACUUCAAUUUGAUGAUUAUGAGAAAUUUGGAUUUGGUUUUUGUUUGAUGGAUUCUCAUUAGUAUUGGACUGGGUAUUGAAGAUUUUUGGUAUCAGUGUUGUGUUUCUUUCAGAAGGUAGUCUUUUGCUUGUUUAUGUAAAUUAUGUUAAAGCAGAUACUCAGUAAGCUUCCACGAAAGUCGUCUAAAUCGACUGAACAUCGUGAUUAUGGUGGAAGUCUGGUUGGUGAUUCCAAUGCUUCCACUGGCUUAAGAAGAAGUGAUUUAGGGGCUAGUAAGUCAGUGAAGUUGAACAUCACAUCUGUGGCACCGAACAGUUCUGCUUCAGAUACAGGACAAAACCAUGGUAACAAGAUUCAGCGAGGUGUAAGUUUGAAGCAGAAUGGGAAUCUGGGGUUUUCUUCUUAUGAAGGAUUGCCUGCCUUCAGGGACGUUCCUAAUUCUGAUAAGCAGAACUUGUUUAUAAGAAAGCUCAACCUGUGUUGUAUUGUAUUUGACUUCACUGAUCCCACAAAGAAUCUUAAAGAAAAGGAGAUCAAGCGACAGAAUUUGUUAGAACUAGUAGAUUAUAUAACUUCUGUGAAUGGAAAAUUCACAGAAACUGUUAUGCAAGAAGUUAUAAAGAUGGUGGCUGCAAAUUUGUUUAGGACGCUCACUCCUCAACCACGUGAUAACAAAGUUGUAGAUGGUGUUGAGUUAGACGAGGAGGAGGCUUCUAUGGAUCCUGCAUGGCCGCAUUUGCAGCUUGUGUAUGAGCUUUUCUUGAGGUUUGUGGCAUCAUCUGAGGUGGAGGUAAAACCAGCCAAAAGAUACAUCGAUCAAUCCUUCAUUGUCAAGAUGCUGGAUUUAUUUGAUUCUGAGGAUCCUAGGGAAAGGGAAUACUUGAAAACCAUUCUGCACCGUAUUUAUGGCAAAUUCAUGGUGCAUCGACCAUUUAUCAGGAAAGCUAUUAAUAACAUUUUCUUUCAAUUUAUUUUUGAGACGGAGAAGCAUAAUGGGAUUGCUGAAUUUUUAGAGAUUUUGGGUAGCAUUAUUAAUGGGUUUGCUCUGCCACUGAAAGAGGAACACAAAAUGUUCCUUGUUCAUUCUCUAAUUCCUCUGCACAAGCCAAGAUGCUUGGCAAUGUACCAUCAGCCAUUGUCAUACUGCAUUAGUCAAUUUGUGGAGAAAGACAGCAUGCUUGCAGAUACUGUAAUAAGGGGUUUGUUAAAGUACUGGCCUAUCACCAAUAGUUCAAAGGAAGUCAUGUUUCUGAAUGAGCUGGAGGAAAUUUUGGAAGCAACCCAGCCAUCAGAAUUUCAGCGUUGUAUGGUGCCCCUGUUUCAGCAAAUUUCUCAAUGUUUGAAUAGUUCACACUUUCAGGUGGCAGAAAGAGCAUUGUUCUUGUGGAACAAUGAUCCCAUUGAGAACUUGAUCAUACAACACCGAAAGGUUAUACUGCCUAUUAUCUUCCCUGCUCUGGAACAAAAUGCUAGAAGUCAUUGGAACCAAGCUGUCCGUAGCUUGACUUUGAAUGUCCGUAAGAUUUUUGACGAUCUCGAUCCUGAACUGUUCAAUGAAUGCUUACUUAAGUUUCAAGAAGCAGAAAGGAAGGAAGAUGAAAUUAAAGCAAGACGUGAAGCCAAAUGGAAACGUUUAGAAGAGCUUGCUGCUCAAAAAGCUUCAAGGAACAAGUAGUGCUAAUUCCUUGCAAAUCAGCCCUACAUCUCUUCAGGUCAGUGAAGGGUAAAUUAUACUAAUGGUCACCUAACUUUGGACUUAGAUUCAUUCAGGUCAUAUAUCUUCAAUUUGUCAUUUUUUUUGUUACUAAACUUUGAUUUUUGUUUCAAUGGAAGGUCACCCACUGGAAUCUAGUUUUACCUGAAUGGUAAUGUGACAUGAAAAUCACAUAUUUCACCAAAAAAAAAAAAAAAAAUAAAU